AUGAUCACAGUCACCUCUCAAAGCCUCGUUUGUGAAGCCGGGGUCACUACGCUCGAUCAACUUCCACAAGAUGUCUUUCUUCUCAUCUGUCACAUUCUGCUUUCCGACUCCGCCAUCCUCCCAUCCUUCCGGAGGCUUAUGACAGUCCCUUGGAUGGACGUCAAAUCCAAGUACAUUCGACCUCUCUUUCGCCUCCUCCACGUCUGUAGAUCCUGGCGCACUAUUAUUCUCGAAGCCCACGCUCUAUGGAAGUAUGCUCUCGUCGAUGGUCCCGAUGGGAUGCCUGACAAGCUCAGCACCUUCUUGCUCGAUCGUGCCGGAGACGCCCCUGUCGUUAUUUCCGUCGUCUUCAGUAACGAAACACUCCCUGCCACUGUCCAAUAUCUGGAAGGUCGACAGCUCACUGUUUCCCAUUUGCAACUUUACCGGAGGCAAACGGACACUACGCGCCCGACAGAAUCAUCCCCGCUUCCCUCUCCACCCUUGACUCCUUUCCUGUUUAACCCAACGCUUGAAAGCGUAUGUUUCAUAUCGGAUGAAGAGGCGCUGGCGUUCGAGGACGAGGAGCGUGUUGACGGAUACGAUUUCGUGGCACACUCUCUGGGUAGCGGGGCCCUGACAAUUCGCGGACUGGCAAUCCACUCCGUCCAAAACAGCCUCCCUUUCGCAACUUUCCCCAAGCUUACUCAUCUCCAUCUGUGCUUCAAGAUGAGCCGCGCGCUCAGCCCAAACCCUUUCGAAGAACUCCUCCACCUUCUCUCGGGCACCCCCGCCCUCCUUUAUCUGCACCUAUCACACCCUCAAGCAUACUUUCCUCUUCAUGAUCCCUUUGUCGGCCCACGCGUCCCUCUUCCCCAGCUUCAGCGGGUCACCAUGGUCUGGUUUGAUUGGCGCCUCUGCAACGCGCUCCUCGACCAUCUCCACCUCCCUGUCACCGUUCACGUCAACCUCAAAGACGUUUGCCUGCCCGAAGAGGGCAUUCUACACCACCCCGAAACCAUGCUCGAUUUGGCGCGCCUCCAUCCCCUCCCUUUCUUCCCGCAUCUCUCUCGCCUCUACCUGUCCCACUCCAUCUCGGGCAUCACGCUUGCCGCCGAGGGCGACCCCUACCCCGACACCACCUCGCUCGCCCGCAGGCCGCGCGGCCGGCUCGAGCUCACCUGGCGCAUCCCCGGUCCGCUGGACUUCUCGCGCGGGUGGAUCAUGAACCUCUCGUCGCACCUCCCGCUCGCGUCCGUGCGCACGAUGCACCUCGAGCUCCACACGGGCAACAACCGCUGGCUCACCACCGUGCUCGCCAGUGCCGUGGCGCUCGAGGAGCUCGUCAUCUUCGGGAGCGCGGGCGAGCGCGCGUUCCUCGUCAAUCUCGCACAGGAGCUCGGCCCCCAGUGGGUCCAGGUGCGGUGCCCGGGCCUCAAGACGUUGGGCGUGCAGGUGGAGCUGCCGGUUCCGGGCGCGAGAUGGGCGGAGUGGAUGGUGUGGGAAGUGUUCGCGCGCGUCGGGGGCGUGGUCAGCGGGUCGCGGGCGGGGCUCGGCCUCCGACUCGACCGUCUCCUUCUGGAGAUCAAGGAGGAGGCUGACGGAGACGAGUUGGAAGACCACAGGCCCGGUGCACAGUCGAGAAGAGACCAGCAAUGGGAGGAGUACCACCUCAUGGUGUCCGAAUGCAUGGCAUUAUUGGGGCAAGACGUCGGCGAGGUCGUUAAGACAUAUUACGACGAGGACAAUACCGUUGGGCUUUCCGGUUCUUUCGGGACGGGCCACAAAGACUGGCUCGAAGAGGAGAGCCUGGCGCAACAACGUUACUGGAUGCUCGACAAGGAAGAGGUGCGGUGGGACCCUGCCUAUGCGUAG